AAGAUGGAUUGGUGGAAGAAGAAGAUGUCACGAGCCGUUGUUAAAAAAGAGAGGUUGGCAAGAGGCCAAAGGAGAGGGGAGAUGUUUCUGAAAGAGCUCAUCCAAUGCUGCGAUGGCAAAUCCAAUCCUAUCAAGUUCUUCUCUGCUGAUCAAAUCCUCAAAGCCACUGCAAGAGAUUUCUGCAAGUGUAAUACCCUUGAGAGAAGCCAAAACGUCUGCGAGUGUAGUCGUGUCUCUGAGUUGCUCUCUCAAGGGAAAUGGUAUUCAGGUAUGCUCGAUAACCAUCGCAUGAUCCUUGUUAAGAAGAUGUUAGGCAGAAGCCCUGACCCUCCUAGAGAUAUUUGCUCAGGACCCCCUAAAGACAUUGCCAUAUCAUCAAUGCUCAGCGGUCACAAAAAUUUCAUGAAACUGGUUGGAUGUUGUUUGGAGUUUGAAUAUCCAGUCCUGGUUUAUUAUGGUGCAGAGAAGCAAUACUCCCCUAUAGAUUUAAAAGUGGUAGUGUCGUUGAGAAAGAGAAUGAAGAUAGCAGAGGAGGUUGCAUCUGCUUUAGCUUACCUUCACAGUGCGUUCCCAAGGCCCUUUGUGUAUAGGAAUAUGGGAUUUCGGAAUAUCUUGUUGGAUGAAGAUGGUGUUGCUAAACUGAUUGAUCUGUCUUAUUGUGUCUCUAUUCCAAAAGGAAAAACGUUUCUAAAGCUUACUUGGGUAGGAAGAGAUUACGAUUACAUGGACGAUGAUCAUUUAUUCAAUCGGGUAGUGUCCGAGAAAACUGAUGCCUUCGGCUUUGGAAUUUUCAUGCAAAAGCUUGUGGCAGGAGAAGAAAGUUUUGACGAGCUUUGUGGUUUGAAGAACUGGAGAGGGAUAAACAAAGUGCCAAAAAGCGUGGAUGAGAUCGUCGAUCCAAAGAUGUUGGAGAAAGUUUCAGAAGUAGAGCGUUACCGAAUGGAGUUUUUCCUUAACCUCUCAGAAAGAUGCAUCGGUCUUAGAGGGGAAGUUCCAGAAAUGGUUCAAGUCGCCAAAGAACUAAAGAGAUUCCGUGAAAGCCAAAUCGACUCUGCUCAAGACAUAUCUUCCUAAUGUCCUUGUCCCAAACCAGACUCAAACGCAAACACAUCUACAUAUUGUCCCUCUAAACACUUGAGAGUCAUAUC